AUGGUUGAUUCACAGCGCAAUCAAUUAAGGAUGCAUUUUUGGCGCGUCUCAACCACAAGAGGUGCAGUGACCCUCCUAUUCUCAUCACAUGGAUCAUCUUCAUCGCAUCCUAUGAGGCAAUGGAGGAAGAGAUUCAACAAUUGCAUUGUAACGCUCAAGGAUAGUUUGGUUGCAAUGGAGGAGAGAUCGACAACGUGGAUGCUAGAGGAGAGAUCGCAUGCAACAAAUGAUGCAAAACAUGAUGGCACAAAUGAAAUCAUCAAGAUGAUGGUAGAGAGAAAACACAAUGCUAAAACAAAUCUUCAUUUGCCACCUGGUCCCCAGGGUCUUCCCUUCACAGUUUCCUCUGCUAAAAUGGCUAAAGAAAUCAUGAAAACCCAUGAUCUUUUAUUUUGUGGCAGGCCUUCCUUUGUUAGCCAGCAAAAGUUGUCCUACAAUGGUUUAGACUUGGCCUUUUCACCUUAUAAUUCUUACUGGAGAGAGAUAAGGAAAAUCUGUAUGGUUUAUCUCUUCAACUUUAAUAGGGUGCAAAGUUUCCGACCCAUUAGAGAAUUCGAGGUUUCCCAUAUGCUUGAAAAGAUAUCCAAAUCAUCUGUUGCUUCAAAACCUGUAAACUUGUCUGAGGCCAUGAUGUCGCUUACAAGUUCUAUAAUUUGUAGGGCUGUCUUGGGGAUGAGGUAUGAGGAAGAUGGGGUUGAAAACAGUAGAUUUCAAGAGUUGCUGAAGGAAACUCAGGCCUUGUUUACAAGUUUCUUUGUCUCAGACUAUUACCCUUUCUUGGGUUUUAUUGAUAAGUUCACUGGAUUGUUCCAUCGCCUAGAGAAAAACUUCAAGGAAUUUGACAUUUUCUAUGACCAGGUAAUCCAAGAACACCUUGAUCCAAGUAGAUCAAAGCCAGAGAAAGAGGACAUUCUCGAUGUCUUACUUCAAUUAUGGAAGAAUCGUUCUUUUAAAGUUGAUCUGACCUUUGAUCAUAUUAAAGCUGUGCUCAUGGUAAUUACCAUGUUUACCACGUUUACUCUCCAGAUUUGA